AUGGACAGAUCAUCGUGCUGCCCACUAUUACUCAUCGGUAUACUAUUGCUCUCGGGUGCGAUCUCGAUGAGUCAGAGUGCGAAACGCCCGGUGCUUUGUAAGGACUGCAUAAGGAACAAGAUUAGUUAUCACCAUGGCGAUCGGUUGAUUGCAAGUCCGAUCAAUUUGCUCAAUCCCGAUCGCUACGAGUUCUUCACACUCGACGAUAAGGGCAAGGUGGUGAAGCGCAUCAUGACGUUCAACGAGAUACAGAGCAUCGUGGCCGGCAGUGAUAUUAGCGAGCAGAAGCUGUUUGCCAACGCCAAUAGCAACGAUCGUAUCAUGUCCAACGUCGUCUCCAACGUGCGCAACGUGUUGAACAACGAGCUGAACCUGAUGCACGUCCACGAGCAGCAGGGUGAUCACGGCACAACGGAACUACCCUUUUCGGAUGUGAUCAGCAUGAAGCACGAGCCUCUGACGACAACGACGACCACGACAACGACCAUCAAAACGACGAGUGCCGAGGAGCAGCAAGUAACGGAAAGUCCUUCCAAAGCCACAGCCUCGAUCGGUGGGGAGCAAGACAGCGUCACGACACCGCUCUUCACGGUAGGACAGCAGACAAAGUUGGAAAGCAACACGAAACAAAAUGUUCCGACGACAACAACAACGGAAAAAACUACAACUAAACGACCAACAACUACAACGAGUACUACGGUACGGACGACCAAACGUACGACGACAAUCACUACCACGGAACCGACCACGACGGCCAGUACUACGGUAAGAACAACGGAACCACCGAGCACCACGCCUAGCACAACGGUCCGAACUACAGAGACAACAACAUCGAAGCCAACGACGAAAACCACGGAAGAACUAACAGUAAGAUCGUCGGUCCGUCCGGCGCUGAAAACUACGGAACCACCUUCAACGACGACAACGGCUCGAACGACACCGAAACCGGCAACGACCACCACAACGAGCACAACCACGCCACGUUCGACCAGCUCCCCAAGCUCAACCACUAGGCUACCAUCUACAACGGUACAACCGGUGCGGGUUUUGACCACCACCCUUGGACCGAUUCCCGAGAAACCAUUGCUGAAAAACACGCAACGACCUCUAGAACGGCCAGUUGAGCAUGUAACACAACCAACGACGACCACAUCAUUUGUGUCUAGCUCGUCUGAAGCGACGACUGUCGAGUACCUGUCGUCCGAAUCUUCCGAAAUGGCCAUCGGACAGUCGGUGGUUAGCACGGAAGAGUUGAGGGAUGUUCCGGUAAAGAAACUGUCUCAAACCGCACCGCCUACUACAACAACCCUGACUACAACAACAACCGAGAGCACGACCAGACUUACAACGACGACAACGCAAGCUAGUCCGAUGCCAGAGACAACCCACCAAACGCCAACAUUUUCCCCACCGGCCAAUGAUGCCUUAUCUGAAGUGCUUAAAGAUUUGGUUGCACAAUCCACGAGCCAGCUGGAGGAUGAUUCAUCGGAAGAGCACCGCAUCCCAACCGAAUCCGAUGAUUUCACGUUCACCGAUGCGAUCUCGCAGUAUCUUACCGAUCUGCAGAGACAACCGAUCGCUACCACCGUUUCGGAUGAUGAGGACACAGCAUCGACGGAAGCGACGACGGUUGCGGCGAUGGAAAAGGCAACGAUUCCGACUGUGCGACCUCUCGUGUCGAGUGAGGAGGAUUCUACGGCUGCUGGUACGGAGGAACUGGACGUAUCGGGAGAGGAAACCACUACUACAUCGUACAGUCCCAUGUCCGAACCAUCACCGCUGGCCAAUAUGAUCAAUCCAGCUGCACAGCAUGCCAUCCACAAGAUCAUCGAAUCGCUGCAAUCGGAUGACGAGGAUCAGGAAGGAAGUGGCAGUUUUGGCGAGGAAAUGCCGGAUACAGAAGCGAACUACGUGGGAACUAAUGCCCCAACGGAGCUGAGUUACGAUGCGCAAAGUUCCCUUAAUGCCAUUAUCCAAUCGCUUGGCCAAGGAACUCUGCUUAGUAUAGCCGGAGUUACAGAGAAGUCACAGGAUGUAACUGACAUGGAGGAGCUUACAACAGAGCCUUUGGCGCUUAAGACGAAUCCUCCUACGAGCACCACUACAACUACUACUCCAGCCACUACAACCAAACUACCAAGUACUACAAGCACCACCACAACUACGACGACCACUCCAAAACCAACUACUAAGCAGCCUACUACGAUGUCAGUAUCUACCACCACGGUUCCAGUGCGGACGACAACGGCCAUCGCAGAACCGUCCGAACAGCAGCUGUUACCCAACUACAACACCAACAUUAUGGACACGAUUGAGAAGUUCCUCAGCCGAUUUGCUGGCCUAGUGAACGAGGAAACGCCCGCUGUUAAUCUGACGAGGAUGAACGCUGUUCUAGGAGGCUUCCCGGCCGAGAUGAAUAUGUCGGAUUACAUCGAUAAGACCGCAACGGUGGCUUCGGUACUAAAGUUCCCCCAAAUCCAACUCAAAGCCAAUGACGACAACUCGCCGGCGGCAACUCCUUCACAGCCACUAAAGAGCCAAGAGCCUGAGAGCAGCAUGGCUAUGCCGGAGCCGAUGUUGAACGAAACCGUUGCUUCGUUUAUGAAACUUGGCGAAAUGCUUACGAUGGGCGCUCAGGCCGCUGCACCCCUUGAGCAGCAAGUACCGGUCCAGCUGGAGCUGAAAACCGUUGUCGAUGAAGAGGAAACGGAACUGUUGCGUUUCCUUGCGAUCUGUAGCAAUUUGGGAACGACGCUGUACCGUGAUCUAACCGAACACUCGGUACCAUCGUUGGAGGGCCGAAGUAUGGUUUACUCACCGUUCGCUACGAUAACCACGCUGUCCAUGCUGUUCCUCGGUACACGUGGAACCACAGCCGAGAGGAUCAAUGGUGUGAUCGGGCUCGAUGAGAUGACCUCCUUUAAUCCGCAUCUCUUCUUUAAAUCCAUUGGCGAUGACUUGAAACCACGCUACCGUCGUGCUGGCAUUGCCCCGAAAUAUCCAGGCCAACAGCUCGAAGGAUCUUCAUCGUUCAGGAACACACUGCUCAGCGACAAUAACCAGGGACGACUGCAGCGGUUCUUUAGGGCGCGCGUUCAGGAGAUCUAUUCGGCAGUCACCGAAUCCGUCGACUUUAACCAGAAGGAUGAAAUUCUGAGACACAUGAGCGGAGAUUUCCCGCGUGAUUACGUAGACACGCUGAAACAUUUGCGUUCACCGUUGAUAUCGAUUAGCAGAAACCGUUAUCGUCAUGAGUGUCACGAACCAACCAAGUACGGCACGAUGAAAUUCAGCAGGAGCUCUUCCGAGCCGGAUGGCACCAUCAACAGCAUGCCCAGUGUCACAUUCCGAUCCGGUUUCUCGACCGGUUUCUCAAAAGCUCUCGAUGCAACGAUCGUCUCGCUGCCCGGCUCAACGAGCAAUGUGUCCGUCUUUUUCCUGAAACCGGAAGUCGGUGUUGCUCGGGCGGCCGUAGCCAACCGCCUGGAAGCUCUCGAAGCUCACAUUCACACGCAGAACGUGGCCAACGUUUUGAAGCUCUUCCCGGACGAAACGGUACGCACGGCGUACGCCGAGGUGGAGUUGCCUUACUUUGUGCAGUCCACCAUGUACAACAUGAGCCGCAGUAUACAGCAGCUUGGUUUACAAAAUCUGUUCAACGCUAGCGGAGCCAACUUUAAUGGACUGCAGGACUCGCCCAUCUCGAACCUAUACCUGUCCGAAACCAUCCAAACGGAUUCGUUCGCCAUGUGUGCGAAUGAUGACGAUUUGUUCGCUAGAUCGGCACUUCCGUUCCGUAGUUUUUCGACGAACUUGCCGAAAAAUGUUGGACCAUCGGCAGCGCAGUCGGUGGAGCAGGGUUCCACUAACCGCCGGCGGCUCGUCCAGCGGAACCGUCGCAAGGGACUGCAACGGAAUCGAUCACUGGUGGGGCCGGCACCUCGCACGUUGGUAUUCGAUACACCGUUUCUGUACCUAGUGCGACAUAAUCCGACUGGUUUGGUCUUGUACAUGGGUCGAUUCCUGGGCUGA